AUGAACGCAAAGAGUAAAGAUUAUAGCUUCCAAAGGAGACCUCUCUAUCCAGGUCCACCUAAAAGCAACCCAAAGUAUAAGAGCAAGAGAACACCAGGUGCUGGAACAUCAGGAGUUAGAGCCAAAAGAGACUUCGAAGUUGAAGAGUCCAAGGUUAGCUCUGCUGCUUCAAUUCCUGAUUCAAGCACCUCUGCUAACCCUUUUACCUCUGAUAUAAAAGAUCUGCAGAGAAAAUUGGCUGCUCUUGAGAGACAGAAUAGAGAAAAAAAUAACAAAAUUAUGAAGCUCACAAGAGAAAAUGAUUCGUUGAAAGCUAGAAAUAGGGUACUCGAAGGACAACUAAACAGAAAGAAGAAUGAAGAAGCUAAGAACAAGAGAGGAGGAAUGGGAAAUCCAAGAUCCAUGGCUCAUGGAGCCAGGGUUCCUCAUUUAGACAAGAAAGUUUCAGAAAAUACAAAUCCUGGAGACUAUCUGACAGACGACAGAAUGCUGGAGCUUAUUCUACAGUCUUCGGCUCAAGAAGCCGCCCUCAUGAGAGCAGGCCCUCCUCUGGACAACAACGACCAGCUGGAGCAGGCCAUCCAGGAAAGUAUCAGGGAAGUUCCGAAUCCUGACGCGAUGUCGUACGAGCAGCUUCAAGAACUGGGAGAUCAGAUUGGGACUGUGAGUAGGGGGUAUUCGAAGACGGAGCUUCUAAAAUUAGGGGCUACCUGCAACUUUUCUCAUAACGAAGAAUGCCCUGUUUGAAUUGAUAAAAUAGAAAUAGCAGCAAUGGUUAAAAGACUCCCUUGAAGCCAUCUUUUCCAUGCUGAAUGUAUAGACCGUUGCCUAGAAGAAUCUAAGAAGUGCCCUUGCUGUGGAGAAGAGGUUGUAUUGUAA